UUCAAAGUAAACACUUGUCUAAAACAGUUUUGUGCAAGCGGCCCCUGAUCUUGUGACUGAUAUGAUUAUGACGCAAUAAUAGCGCGAGUUCUGUGUGACUGCUUAUAAGGCGCUGCAUCACCUUAGUCGGCGUGGGUUUGUUUUUGGCGAGUGCUGCGUGUUUUGAGCUUGCGAGAGAUCAAAACUUUUCGAGUGCUUUUGCUUUCUAGUGUGAUUCUUGGCGUGUUUUUGCUGGUUUGCUGUUUUUGCGUGAAAGAAGUGAGACCGAAGAGUGGCCUAAAGGUCACUUUAUUCGUUGACUCCACCUGAUCGCGAGACAUCACCGAGAUCAAAACAUCGCAACAGAUCACAUUCAUCGACUUGGUUGGAUUCAGACCUGAUAUCACGAUGAGAUUACCAGUUGAUUUCAUCCGCGAAUGUCAGCCUAAAAUGUCAUGGGCUAACUUCGCUUGGGACCUUGAAGACGAGGAGGAUGAACCGGAUAUAACCUUACCAUCAUGGGGUAAAACGAAGGCCAAUGAUCCGGUGCCAUCAGCCCCAGUCCAGAAGACCGUUAAGAGGCUUAAGAAUGUUUCGUCACACAAGGAGUUCAGUCAGAAGAGCGUCUCAGAUAUGUGGCAGACUCCAGCACCUUCUUCAUCUUACUCUUCUGCAACGUCCGGACCGAGCCCACAAGACCAGAUGCUAGAGUUUCCGAGUUUAGACGUGUACAGAACGUCAUCUCCUGUAGCAUCUGAACCACAGAUGAAGAAAAGGAAGAACAAAAUUCCUUUUGCACAAAAGCAGGAGCUGGUUGAACAGGAGGCGUCUAUAGAGGCGUCGCCUGUCACAGCGGACCCCGCACCUUCAUCUCAGGGUCCACAAAACGGGAACAUGGACAUGUCUCAAGAUCCGGCUUCAGCUGACGUGUCCAGUUCAGCGAAUAAGAAUCGCAAGGGCAGGAAUAAAAUGUGUUUUCCGCAGAUGGAGACAAGGAGCACAAAUCUGUGUAUGCUGGAGAAGGGACAGCAUCUCUCCACCAAGCCCCGUGCCCCACGUAAACCAGCUCCUGUACCUGAUUUUAGACGUCAAGGUCCUGCCACAAGACCCUCUGGAAUAAAUAGAGGGAAUCUAUGGAGCAGACCAAGGAACACUCCUGAAAAGAGUUUUGCACGAAUCCAGGAGAUAGGUGGACAAAAAAUAUCCAUCGAGCCCCGUGUGACUCCGACACGAGCUCCUGUACCUGAACAUCAAGCUCCGGCCACAAGCUCCUCCACAGUGAAUGGAGUGAACCCUCGAGACAGGCCAAAGAACACUCCUGCAGAGACUUCAUCACACAAGGAAGAGGUCACCCAGAAGACUGUCACAAAUGUGUGGCAGACUCCAGCACUUUCUUCAUCUGAGUCCUCCGCACAAGAUGGGAUGAUGCUGGAGUUUCCCAGCUUAGACGUGUAUAGGACGUCCUCUCCUGUAGCGCCUGAACCGAAGAAGAACAGAGUCUCUUUUGCAGAACAACAGGAGCUGGUUGAACAGGAGGCGUCUAUAGAGACCCCUGUCCCAGCGGACCCCGCACCUCCAUCUGAGGAACCUACAAUUAAGGAUCCACAAAAUGUGGAAAACAAUAUGGACCAGCCUGAGGAUCCUGACAUGUCCAGUACAGCUCCUGCAGUGUCUAAGAGGAAGAAGAAGAGUCGGAGAGGGAGGUCUGCAAUUUAUUUACUACUGGAUCAGAAGAUGAGGACCGAGCUGCAGUCUGACUCCAACAAUGAAAACCUGUGCAUGUUGAAGGACAGACAGCAGCUUCCCCCCGAGCCACCGGUCACACCGACACCAGAUCCUGAACCUGAACAUUCCGCUUCAGACGUCUCCAUUAUAUCUCCUGGAGCGUCUGAAGGAAAGAUGAAAAAGAAGAAAAGAGUCUCUUUUGCAGAAAAUGUGGAGCUGAUUGAACAGGAGGCGUCUAUAGAGACCCCUGUCCCAGCGGACCCCACACCUCAAUCUGAGGAACCAACAAUUAAGGACCCACAGAAUGUGGAACACAACAUGGACAACCCUGAGGAUCCUGAUGUGUCCAGUACACCUCCUGUAGUGUCGAAGAAGAAGAAGAAGAAGAGUCGGAGAGGGAGGAAUAAAUUUUGUUCACCAGAGGAGCAGGAGAUGAGGACCGAGCUGUAGUCUGACUCCAACAUUGAAAACACGUGCAUGUUGGAGGACAGACAGCAGCUUCCCUCUGAACCACCGGUCACACCGACACCAGAUCCUGA